GGAUCUAUCGCUUAUUUCUCGCGAGUGACCCGAGGCGGCCGGUAGUGGUUUUUGUUUUUCGGUUGAGCUGUUCCAGUUGUUAGAGUGCCCGAGUUCAGGAUGACGGACGCGGUGUUUGACUCCCUCGCCCAGAAAAUCAACAAGUUCAACACGCAAGUCAACAAACAUUGCGAGGGUCAGUCCCUGAACCCGUUCUCGGGUAGUUUUCAAGGGGACAGCCGGUCGCCUUCGCCUCGUCCACGCUUCUCCAAGGAAGAAUAUGGCAGACCUGUUGCAGGCUCAGAAACUGAGCGAAGAGGGAAGAAAGCUCACACACACAUCUGCAGAGAAAUUCUCGAGCUCUGUACAGUGAUUCACGAUAUGGGUCAGUACCAAGCCAAACACAAAGCAGCAGAUGAUGAUGAUGAAGAAGAACACGAUGGCACAAUUAUCGUCAGCUUUGGCGAGCUUUUCCAGUUGUACACAAAAAUUUCGGACAAAGUAGUUGGAUUACUAAUCGCCGCGAAGAAAAAGGGUCUCGUUUACUUUGAGCCUGAAAUUCUCUUCCAGCGUCGCGACGAUAAUGUUUUAAUAGCUCUACUAAAACCAAUGGACGAAAUCAAACGAAUUCUAACAGACCAGGCUCCAUCGAUAGCUCCAUCGAUUGCUGUCAAUGGCGGCUCAAAAUAGGGCGAGUGAUCGUUGGUCAACAAUCAACAUCUUCUGUGAUUCCAUCGAUGGAUGGUGAGACGCGUGCUCAUCCUGGUCUUCAAAGUUUCGAAAAAUACGUUUCCCAUCUGAACCGUGGCGCGGGUUGUUUUCUAAAGGAAACUUUCGAUGCAGGCCCGGUUUCUAGUUGGAAAAUUGCUGACGUUUUUUACCUGCGAUUUUCGACUUUUGAUAUUUUUGGAUACUUCGCAAAUUUUUAUAUUCUUUCAUGCUGCUUUCCCCUCGAGCUUCAUUUUCCACCUCCACCCGGCUUCUUUUGAAGGCUGAUUUAAGCCUCAAAAUUUGGCUUUCUUUUUUAUAAUUUCCUCCCUUAAUGUCAUCUUUCACCCUCUUGAUUGGUCCGGCGAACUUUAAAUUUAUGUUUUAGAAGUGUUUAACUCUGAUGGAAGAACAAAAGUGGUCAGAAUGGACUUCAGUGAUAGAUUCAUGAUUUUUUAAUUAUAUGAAAAGGUUUUUUAGGCAUUUUGUCCUCCUGUCAUAAAGAGUCUAAAAAAUAAUACCUAUGUUUUUCGAAUUUGUUUUCUCAUUUUCAUUAAAGUGUAGGCUCAAUCCAGUGAAAGGUAAUAAGUUGGGUGUUUCUGGAUAAAUACACCGGUGAUAAACUUGUGGAAGGUCCAUUUUUUUUUAAGCAAAAUCUGCUCGCAACUCAGAGAAUCUUUUCUUGGCAGUAAAAUACAAAUAAGGAAUUUUUAGAGUUUGGCCUUUUCCGAAUCAAGACACAAAGUAUUCAUAAUUAGGUGUCUAAAAGCAAUAUCAAUUUUACCAACCUAAUUUAAUGGUUAUUCAUCUACACAGGUCUCUGUGUAAAGUGAGCUGUAUAUUUGUUAUAUGCCAAAAAGAUGGUGAGAUGACAAAGGGAGAGAAUGCUAGAUUAGAUUUUUAUUUUCAACUUCCACUUUAGUCUUAAAGCAUUUACUCGUUAUUAUUUUAUUUUAUUACCUCUGUGUAAAUAUAAUUAUUUUUAUAGAAAUUUGUAUAUUUACAUGAUUUUAUGGUCUCUGGAAUUUUUAUGAGUUGUGCUUAAAACUUUCUUUUUUUCAAAUUUACUCAGAUUUUCAAAAUGAAUUGUCAUAAACUUCAGUGGCCACUGUUCUUGUUAUUUGCCAAUUCUCUGAUAAUGACAUCUGUAUUUUCUGAAAAUUUAAUUUCUGUAACUGGCAUACAUAAUGAUGUAAAAUUGUUUGAUGAAUGGGUUGAUGUAACAUUCAUAGUGAAAUCGACUUGCUCUCAAGUAAGUUGCCUUACAAAUCUACAUGGAUUUUGAUUUUAUCAUCUUUUUAAAUCAUUCUUCUUUCUCAUACAUCUCUAGAAACUUUAAGGGCUUCCUCAUAAAAUUUUAAAGACGUUCCUAAUGUUAUGUUCAGCAAUGUUCAUAACUGUCCUUGCCCAAUAAUUUCCUCCAUGUUUUAAGUUGUAUAAUUUCGUUUCAGAGAAGGGAGCUAAGCAUUUACUUCCUGUAAUUAUGGCCAUAUUUUGCUCCCUCUACUUAAUUAAUUUUUUUCUCUGAUUUUUUUAUUGAAUAUCGAUCGAAUUUACGUUCCAAAUUAACAUGUUUUGUUUUACUGCUUCACUUCUUUAAUUCGGGGAAAAAUUAUGAAAUCAAGUAAUGCCAGCCAAUUUCUCACACUGAUUGUUACUUGAAUUUUGAUUUUUUGCCACGGGAAGAAGUAGAAGUUUACACAAUUUAAAUGAAAAACAAAAACAAAAACAAAAAUCUAAAUAAACUGUCACUCCUUCAUGGUACUUCAAUUUAAAAGUAUAUCUGUGCAAAAUCCCUUCUCUGAAACAUAUCCUAUGAGAUCUUGUUUUUGUUCAAUUUAAUUUAUUUGUUAUUUUUAAGAACCUAUUUUUAUAAAAACUGUUCCUUUCAUGAAAUUAAAAAAAAGAUAAACUAGUC